GCGGAGACGAGUCGCACGCCGCCUCCGUAGCCGCCGUUUUUCGGGAAUACGCGCGGCCGACCGCGAAACCGCCACCGCGCACACGCGCCACGCAAAACGCUAUUUAUAACGUUUACGUCAUUAUUAUUAUCACUACUAUUAUUACUAUUAUUUAUAUUGUCUCGUACACGCAUUGCCGACGACGUCAAACCGUCGUCGAUUUGGCCUUGUAACCGUGUACGUACGUAAGGCCGCAAUUGUCGACUUUUAUCGUUUCGCGACGGAUCCGGGCCUGCAGGUCAUGGCCCUGGAGACGGAACGUUGCAGUCCGAACAACGCUUCGAGCCCCGGCCCGACGGACAACAACCGUAGGCCCGGGCUGGACGACUGCAGCGAUCAGACCAAAGAAGUGGUGUCGUCGUCGUCGCCGCCGCAGCAACAGCAGUCGCAGCCGGACGUCACCGUCUCCGCGUUCCGGCCGGUGCGCGACGACGCGGCUGUGGACGGCGCAGACCACGAAAAUCGAAGUCCGCCGAAGGCCGUGGCCGAGGAAUCGUCGCUGUUGGCCUGCAGCAAGCCGCUGAGCAUAUGUUCGCCGCUGCAGAACAAGACGGCCGCGGCGGCAGCCGACCCGCUUCAUAGCCGUCACGUCUCGCCGCCACUGUUACAGCAGCCCGCGAGGAAGAAACCGUCGUCGAACGUUCAGAAAAUCCAGCAAACGACUGCCGACGUGCCGCGAUGGGUCCACCAGCAGCAGCAACACGCCGUCCACAACGACGGCGGCGACCACGGCCCGCUUCAGGCGCCGUCCACGGCGGCGGCCGCGGUCGCGGUCGAGUACACGAUGGCCAUGGCCGCGGCCGCGGCUGCUGCCGCCGGCGGUGGCGCGGGUCACGUGCCGCCCGUGUUUCCGUUCAACUCGUGGAUGUACCGGUUCAACUUCCUGCCGAUCGUGCCGGCCGCGGCCGAGUAUUUCCGGGAAAUGCAACACCACAACCUGCACCAUCCGACCAGCGACGGAUCGCCCGAAAUGAGCGGCGACGACCACUCUCCACAGCGAGCACUCCACUUGCAGUCGCAACACGUCGAAUUCGCUAGGCAACAGCAGCUGAACCUACACCAUAGUCCUCCUGUAGUGCCGGCGCCGCAAGUGGUGCAGUCGGCGGCCCACCAACCCCUGCAGCCGCCGCCACCACCGCCGCCGCCGCAGCCGUUGUCGCAGCAGUCACCGAUGAUGGUCACCGGUUACGUAUCCAGGCCGGCCAGCACUUCCGGUUCGUCGGACGUAUCGUCGUCGUACGGACCACCGACGGCCGCCGGCGCCGGAACCACGAAGAACUGCGGCAGCUACCGUUCGCCGUCACCCCGCUCGCCCAGUCCGUUCCGGUUGGCGUUUUCCGUUGACAACAUACUCAGGCCGGAAUUCGGCAGCAAAUUACAUCAGCACCUACAGCAGCAACACCACCAUCACCACCAGCCUUUGCCCCAACAACACCACCACCGCAACGGCAGGCCGUCGUCAGCGUCGCCGCCACCGCCGCCGCCUUCCGUCGCCAAAAUGCACUUUAACACUCUGCUGCAGAACAAGCCACACUUCCAACAGUCCGUUCCGUCGCUGCAUCGGCCCGCUCCUACCCGUCCUAAGGUCGUGAGUGUCGGACCCAAACGGCCCGCGCCCGCUGUCGCGUCGGACAAGGCUAACAAACGAAAACCGGCACAGCAGCCGUUGCCGGCGUGCUCGCCCGUCAUUAUCAACAACAACAACAACUAUGACAGCGACAACAGCAAGUCGGCGAAUGGCGGCCACCACAAGCCAGACGACUCGGGCAAUGAACAGGAAUCGGCGGGAUCGGAUGCGACCGGAAGCGGCGAUCAGCAGUCCAACGACAAGGAGAUGUGGCCGGCUUGGGUGUACUGCACGCGAUACUCGGACAGACCGUCUUCAGGACCUCGUUCACGAAGGAUGAAGCGGAAGGACAAGUGUCCGGAGGAGAAGCGACCCAGGACCGCGUUUAGCGGUGAACAGCUGUCUCGGCUGAAGAAGGAGUUCAACGAGAACCGAUACCUAACGGAGCGCAGACGCCAGGAACUGGCCAACGAGCUGGGCCUAAACGAAGCCCAGAUAAAGAUAUGGUUCCAGAACAAACGAGCCAAGAUUAAGAAGUCCAGUGGCUCUAAGAACCCGCUGGCGCUGCAGCUGAUGGCGCAGGGGCUGUACAACCACACCACGGUCGCCAUGUCCGACGAAGAAAUGGACGACCAUCUGACGGUCGCGUCCUCGUAAUAUCAGCUGGUACCAUCGUCGUAGCUGUUCUUAAUUUACCAGUAGGUUGUAUACAGAGUGUUAUUCCGCUGGAAAUUGUUUUUCCUCUAAAAUCUUUGUACGCGGUUUAACCAGAGUUCCUUCCGACGGUACUGCGCACGCUGUAUACAGUACAAAUUACAUGUUCUCCAUCACUCUUCUUCAUUCCUACCAUCACCACCGCCUGCACGGCCGUACCUCCCCACAAGUGUAUAUACGUUGGUUUUUUCCGUUUCUUCAAUUUCUUAUAAUAUCUUUCGUUUCAUCUUCCGAAAAAUCUCACGUCUCCUCUCCCGCAGCCUACCUCUGCGCAUAUUUUAUGUUAUAAUAUACGUGCUAUAUUAUGUUAGAUAUACUAUUUUUAAUAUAUAGUUGAUGUGGUUUUUUU